CCCGUAGCGCAGCAACUUGGAAGAAGGAGAAGGACGACCACCAAUCUAUCUUCCGCGUUUUCUACAAGAUAGCGAAUUUGCGGGCAUAGGGGGGUUGUACCAACAAUAUAUAGGUUUACCUCUCUCAUCGCAUACGUUGCUCUUUCGUACGUUCGGGGCCAAACGUAACCCCAUUUUCUUGCCAAUUUACCGCCCACCCUUUUGCGCGUAGGCGACCCGUGGCUGUACAUGCGGAUCGAGAGGGUGCCAGUUGAGAAGCGCUCCCGAAACGAGACCGCAAAUGUAUGCGCUGAGCGAUUAUGCAUGUUUAUUGGUUUUCCCAUUUGUGAGGAAGAGCCACAGAGUGAAAGGAGCAAAGCUGGUCCAUAUUCAGCACACCUGAGGAGAGACGCCUGAGGAGAGGCCCCCCCCAGUUGGUCGUUCCUUUCAGUGGGAAGGAAAAACUAACCCUCGUGGGAAACACGCUGAGGUUCCUGGAAGGACCAUGAAAGGGGGAAGCAGUGGAAGAGCGGAACGCCGUGGAGGUGGCUGCCGAGUAAAAAAAGUGACCUUUAGAGAACCCCCAGUCGUCUGCGAAUUUAGCGAAAACGAGAAGCAUGAGUUUGAAGAAUCCUCUUGUGGAGAAGGGGCAGAUGCCAAAACCCUUUUGGACGAAACAGAGUUGUCAUCGCUGAUGGAAAGCUUCGACCCGGUAAGUUUUGGCAUUAAAGAAAAGCUAAGUGAAAGUGAAAAGAAAAUACUCAUCAGGGAAAUUUACGGAAGAAGCGGUGCUAACGGUGCGUUUUCUACGUCCGUAUCAAAUAGGAAGAAGGACAAGAAGGGUAUUACCCUUAGGGAGGAAGAUCCUGUGGAGGAGCAGCCAGGGGAGAUAGGAGGAGAACUAACCAGCUAUGCUAGCCGGCAGAAUGGGGGAAGCCAACUCUGGGAAUAUUCCUACUACAACGCAAGCGAGACGAGCAACAAAACGGGGAAGAAGAAGAAGAAGAAGAAGAAGAAGAAGAAAAAAAAAAGGAAAGGAGCGAAGGAGGAGGACCCCAUGGCCUAUCUCGAUGGAGACUGCUACUUCCCAAAUGAUGGCUAUAACUAUGAACAACACUUAAAAAGUAUAAGCCCCAAUUUUGUAAGUGCAAAGUCCAAAGGAGAGAAUAACAUUUUUGAGGUUAAGCCGACAGAUGAAGAGGAGAGAGAGCUAUUUAAAACGUUUGAAGAGGACAACUACGAAGAACUGAAUGAUAAUUUUGUGUACGAAGCGCAGGAUGUGAGUGGAGAGGAUAAGCUAGACGUGUCAAAGGAUCUCAUUUGGGGCACCUCCGACUGGAGUUUCCCCAUCGGUGGGGCCAGUAUCACUUAUUUGGCUGCCGAUAGGGGGAGGCUAAACCAGUUGGGGGACAGCGAGGAUGGAGACACGACCGACGGGGGGGUGGGCGACGCGGAGGGGGAGGCAGCCCCUUUGCCAGGGAAUCACCACCUUCGCAGUGGCAGCGGUGGUGGCGGCAGCGGCGGUGGGAGAGGCGACCCGGACGAGAACGGGUACGUCAUCUUCGACGAGGGUACGCACCCAAGUAACUCCACAUGUGAGAAGGGAAAACGAAAAGAGGCAAAGGCAGGUAAAAGCGACCCAAAGGAAGGUAAAAGCGACCCGGACGCACUCAAGCUGAGCGACCUGGUCAAGCUGGAAAUGCAAAAAGUCGACAGCAAAAAUUUGAACGAAAUAAAAAGUAUAGUUGUGAAAAAAAAAAAAAAAAAAAAAAAAAAUCGUGCCGCAAAUAGUGCAGACAACACACUUGUCCACGUAAAUGUAGAGGACAAGAUCAAAAUUUUGCAAAUUUUAAAUUCACAAGAAGAGGAAGAAGGCCACCGUGGGAAGGGUGAUGGUGAGGAGAACUCUCAUUCGGAUGCGUCCGGGGAGUUCCUUUUCUCCUCCUCUUCCGAUGAGUCCUCUUCCUCAUUGUCAUACGAUUGCGAAACAAUCCUCACGACGAAGACGAACACGACGAACCACCCUUGCAAGUUAGUCAUCCCCAAGAAGGUCCCUACCCCCUCCUCGGCCAGCCCGCUGAUUAACCCUCUCCCGCACGGCAGCGCCAACGCGAGGAGGAGGGACAGGGAGAAGGAGAAAGCGGGCGAGGAGGCCAAGCUGGAGAGCUACCUGGUCCUGGAAAAUAUAAACACCACGCGCAGCAAAAACGAAACCCCCGAAGAAAAGAGGGAGCGGAAGAAGUCCGUCAAGGAGGCGCAGCGGCUGAACCGGAAGUUGAAAAAGGAAAACGCCCUGCUGAUGAAGAGCGAAAAAAAAAUGAUGAACAAGAAGAGCAACCCCUUCGACAUCAGAGACAACGUCAAGUACAUUAAACUGUAA